CGUGUGUGUGUGUGUGUGUGUGAGAGAGAGAGAGAGAGAGAGAGAGAGAGAGAGAGAGACUCAAUACAUCUCGGAGGAAAAUAUCUCAUGGGCACACGAAAAGAAAAUGUCGCAAAUGUUUGAGCGGAUAUUUGUCAUUCUGGUCAUCUUUCAAUAUACACAUCAACAGCCAAGCGCUGACUUUUAUGAAGAGAAGGCGACGGUGUCUUUAAAAUGUGAACCACCAAGCAAGGGGAAUAUUAUUAACUGGAUCCGAAUACGGGAGGACAAAAUUGAGUUUAUAGCAUCAUUUACUACAACGGGCGAAGCAAAGACAAAUCUCUACGCCAAUUUGUUCGGCGCUGAAAAGAUCAAUCAGAACAUCUUAAUUCUGAAAGAGUUCCAGAAGGCACGAGACAGCGGAAUUUACAGUUGUGCUUCAUUCAACAAAAAUGCGUUGCAUUUCGGGAAGUCGACUCGCAUCCAGGGAAAGCAAGAAGCCAGACCAACGAUCAAGACUACGGCAGCAGCCACCGCCGCAUUACCAAGGCCCAGAGACACCACCUGCUCCUCCGUUCCCUGCACGUGCCAGACCCCCGCGGUUAUCAAGGUGUUGCACCCCAACAUAAAAUGUGAGCUGAUGAUUUUUGCCCCUCUGGUUGGUGGUUGUGGCGUACUCAUCCUCAUCCUCAUCAUCACCAUCUGUUACUGCAACCGAACAAGAACGAAGCGAUGCCCCCACCAUUAUAAAAGAACGCCGAGGAAUCCCACACCAGUGCGCCAAGCCACGCCGGACAGAUACGUCUAAACCAGAGCAGUGCUGAUGAUCGAGCUUCUUGGAAACAGAAGGCCCACCUAAAGCGGCUCGUCACUGAUACUGCCCACGACUCCGCUGUAUGCGCAGACAGCCACUGGCAUCCAGAGCGGAUGCAGCGCAGAUGAUUGUCAACGGCAAACGAAUAAUAGUGUUCCCCUAAUUCCAUCAAUAUUAAAAAAAAAUUAUUAUAGGCUAGCCUACACAACGGAAGUUUUGAACUGAUGCCGGUGAAUACAAAAUGUAAAAAUUAACUUACCGGGAGAAAUGUACGUGUAAGCUGCACUAAUUUAACCAUUGAUCAGUCUUCAAUCAUUAAUCAGUCAUUUGCAGUGUAGUAGGCUACUUGUUCAUAUUUGCUAGCCUUUUGCUUUCCUUUGCAUCACCAAUAGCCUUUCAGUUAAAACCAGUAAAAACUAGGCAUAACAUAUUUGUCAGAAUUUACCGAUACCACCAAAUCUUUUUUUACACAUGCAUACAUUUUUAAAACAGUAAUCGUAGAUAGUUCCUAUGCCAAUCAUACGGCUCGAUAUUUAGGUUAGGCUACACUGUGCGCGUUUGUAGGCUGCUUCAACAUCUUUUAAAAAUAUAAGUUGAUCAAAAUUUAUCAUGUGACCCUGAACAUUCUGUAUACUGUAUAAUGGCUACAAUGAUUUAUGUGGAAUUUAUUUUCAUGCGGUCAAUAAAAGGAAAAUGACUAAUCGCCAUAGUCUGGAAGAACCGCUGCAAAAAAUUUCUAACCGCCUAUCGAGUCAGUGUUUUCAAAUUUUUAUUAAAUGUAAAUAUUUAAUACAUUUUCAAAUAUGACAUUGCAUUUUCGUAGCCUACAUGCCGCAAGCAUGGAACGUACAAUCACAGGAGAUUUGCACUUCGUGCCGCGUUUCAUUUGACUCAUGUGACUGUCGAUCGAAAGAGUUUAUAUGAGUUUCUUCAUAAUUAUCUCGCGACCCACAGUGGGCCGACUCACAGUUCGGGAAACAGCAGGGUAGUGGCCUAUAGACAGUAUUUUGGUAGCUAUUUACUUGAAAGCUCUGCUUCUCCCUUGUGGUUAAAACCGGAAUUGCAAAAGUUUAGUGGCAGCAUAACACCCAUUACAAUUAACAAAAGACGCAGCAAAACUAUAUUCCUUUUAUUCUUGUAGUCUUUUUAUACAACACUUCUGUCUUGUAACUAAGACCGAGAUAAAAGAACCAGAGGCACAACAAAACAAGGAUUAAAUAUAUCUAAAAUGUUUUACAAAACGCAACGAGGCACUUUCUGUUAAAUCACUUUUCCCGCGCGACAGUACAGAGGUCUUGAGUUCUAGAGAAUUACCUUGGGGUGUAGUUAAUUUAGAAAGAGACGUCAAAACACAUAGAUUGAUUAAUUGAUUCAUUAAUUGAUUGACUGAAUUAAUCUUGUAAUUGAAUUGUUACAUUACUGCAGUACUGUAGCCUUCAUUUUAAAUGGGCUACUUUCAUUUUGUGCUUUGCUUAUCGAUGAAUUUCAAACAUAACAUUUAAAAUCAUAGCAUAGAAAAGCUCUGACAACCAUGGACAAGCGAGUAACAUGUCAUUUCUGUAAUAGAUACACACACAGACCCACUCCCUCUACGUUUAUUAAUAUUUCCUUAACAUUUUUUUGCUUGGCAUUCCAUAAAAUAAAUGGUAAACAGUAGCUCCUUGUAGAAAAAUAAAAAUGGUGUAUGACAUUCCUCUGCUUUUGCUGUAAUCCAUUAAAUAAUACCAUGUACACACAUUCACCUUUAAAGUUCUAGAAGUCUGAGCAUGUAGCCUAAUAUUUAGCCCCUCUAAUGGAAACCCAGCUGGGUCAUGUUUUUAUUUUAAAUUUAAAUUUAUUAUACUUGUUAUUUUCAUUAAGAUGUUCCUCUCAACAAAUACUAUCAUAUAUUCUCAAAAACAUUACCAGUAGGUUGGAAA